AUGGAACACUACAAACCUCACCAUGGCUCGACAUUCGAGGGCUAUUACUCGAAGUUCCGGUUGCCAUCUGGCGCACAUCUAGCACUGAUCAUCUGCACAGUGCCAGGAGCUGAAACGCGACCUCACAACAUCACCUUUACAUAUGUACCAGAAGGAGACGUGACCAAAUGUUUUCAACGCGAGGUCUUUGUCGAUGAACUGAAGAUGGUCAAGGGAGAGGGUGACAUAGCAUUCGAGCAACAUUGGAAGGGGGGCCACGUCAAGGUGUGGAACGAUUCAACAACCGAAUACAGCAUCGACCAUCUGGAAGACGAGGGCUUCAGCUUCAAGGGCAGAACAACCAGCCACACACCAUGGAUGCCCGACAUGGAUACGCCAGAAGGCGCACUCGUCUACCUCCCUCUCCCUCUGCAUUGGCACGUGCAUUCGGUGGCUUCAGACUGCGAAUUCGAAAUGAAAAUCAACAACUACGACUUACCCGAGGAAGACAAGAAGGGUGUCGCAUCCGUUCACCAAGAGAAAAACUGGGCCAACAGUUUCCCUUCGGCUCACCACUGGGUCCAAGCCCGCGACGGCGACCGCGGUAUCUGCAUUGCCGGCGGCGAGAUCCUCGGCAUGGAAGCUUACCUUCUCGGCUACCACGCCAGCGACCCCAAGUACAGUAUGGCCUUCCGCCCACCCUUUGCCGUCAAAGCCGCUGGUAUUGCUCCCUUCAUGAGUGUCGAGCACAGCUGGGACACGCGCACCUUUGAGCUCAGCAUCCAAAGUUUCACACAAAAAAUUGUGAUUUCAGCGAGGGCACCGAUUGGUUCAUUCUUCACUCUGAGCUCGCCGUUCCCUGAUGGCCAUCGUCUCAACUUCUUGGCGGAAAGUUUCCAGGCUUCGAUCAGUGUCAAGGUGUAUCAUGCUGGUGUGUUGGGACCUUGGGAGUUUGUGCAUGAGGACAAAUUUGAACAUGGCAGUUUGGAGUUUGGUGCUGGGUACUAUCCUCCUGCGGGUAAGGAGGAUCGCUUUUACUGA